AUGGAAGACCCGGCUCACCGACACUUCGACAUAUGCGGAGUCUACUCAAUCAUGGACCAGCGCUUCACUCUACUUGUGAAAUUGUCAUCGUCAACCCGAGAGCCGAUAGCGCAAGUCUCCCGCGGCAUCUCUCAACCAGCCAUCGCUUUCUGGCUGACUUGCCAUCCCAACACGCUUCCCAUCCGCCACGUCCGCACUCGCGCUCGUGCAUGUCCGAUCCGCGUUCCCGUCAACGGUACGCGCCGCCAGAAUCGGAACCUGCUCCCUGCGCUCGAGACACUUAUGCCUCGUCGCUGUUUGGGAGGCGGACGCAGCGAUGGGGAGGGAGUGGCUGGUGGGGAGUUGAGGGAGGUUGUGAUCGAGAUCCGAAAUGGCUUCGGAGUAGAGCCCCGGUACCCAGCAUGA